GGUGCGCUCGGGAGCGGACAUGGCGGCCCUCGGAGUGCAGCUGGUGGUGACCCUGUUCGCUGCCACCCUCAUGCACAGGCUGGCUCCACAUGGCUCCUUUGCCCGCUGGCUGCUCUGUAACGGCAGGCCAAGCUUUCCCGACUCUUUCUCAUCCUCAGUCUGUUCCGCUACAUACACCCGUCAGAGGAGGAACUGCGGGUGCUGGCAGGGAAACCAAGGCACAGAGGCAGGAAGGACCGGCCCAGAGGAGAUCGCUGGGCCCACCUUUCACUGUCCUCAUGUGCUCAGGUGGGCAAAUGGCCUUCAUGACGAGAAGCCAUUGUCAGUGCCUCGAGACGCCCCUUUCCAGCUGCAGACCUGUCCCCUCACUGCUGCGGAUGCCCUAGUCCUGCGCUUCUUUCUGGAAUACCAGUGGUUUGUGGACUUCGCGGUGUACUCUGUCGGUGUGUUCCUCUUCACGGAGGUCUACUAUUUUGUGCUGGGCCCAGUCCAGGAGACCAACAUUGCCGUGUUCUGGUGCCUGCUCACACUGGCUUUUUGUCUCAAGGUGUUCCUCAUGGUGACCCGACUGUACUUCAGUGCCAGAGAGGGCGGCGAGCGCGCAGUCUGCCUCACCUCCGCCCUCCUCUUCCUGCUCUUAGCCAUGCUAGUGCAGGUGGUGCGGGAGGAGCUCCUGGAGCUGGGUCUGGAGCCAGGUCUGGCCAGCGUGACCCAGAACCUGGAACCUGUGCUGAAGAAACAGGAUUGGGACUGGGCACUCCCGAUGAUCAAGCUGGUCAUCCGCCUUGGGCUGGCGAUGCUGGGCUCCUUGCUGGGCGCCUUCCUCAUUUUCCCAGGCCUGAGGCUGGCGCAGACGCACCAGGACGCACUGACCUUGUCUGCAGACCGGCCGCUGUUGCAGCUGCUCCUGCACACCAGCUUCCUGUCGCCCCUGUGCACCCUGUGGCUCUGGACAAAGCCUAUCGCUCGUGACUUCUUAUACCAGGCACCCAUGAGGAACAUGACCUCUUCUCUGCCGUCAGAAGGGGCCUUCGAUUCCCUGCGUCUCUGGGUGCUGGUGGCAUUGUGUCUGCUGCGGCUAGCCGUGACCCGGCCACACCUGCAGGCCUACCUCUGCCUGGCCAAGACUCGAGUGGAGCAGCUGAGCAAGGAGGCUGGCCGCAUUGAGGCCCGUGAGAUUCAGCAGCGGGUGGUCCGGGUCUACUGCUAUGUGACCGUGGUGAGCCUACAGUACCUGACUCCGCUCAUCCUUACUCUGCACUGUACCCUGCUGCUCAAGACCUUGGGCGGCUACUCUUGGACCCUGGGCCCUGUUCCAACCCCACUGACCCCGCGCCAGUCUUCAGACAUUUUGAUCUCUGUGAACCCAGCGGAGGAUGAAGCCCAGCAGACCGCGGCCCAAGUCGCAGGGGUCCUGGGUGGCCUGCUUACGCCCCUCUUACUCCGUGGCGUGCUGGCCUACCUCAUCUGGUGGACUGCUGCCUGCCAGCUGCUCUCCAGCCUCUUCGGCCUCUAUUUCCACCAGCACCUGGCAGUUUCCUAGCGUGAUGCCACUAGGCACUGGCUUGGAACUGUCCAUCCCCUGUGUGUGCACCUCAGUGCCCCUAGAUGACCUAGGGGUAAGGGUAGAAACUCACCACCAUCUCUCACCUCAGUGCCUAGAUCACAGACCCCUUGAAUCAGGUUCCCUGGACCUGGAGGCCAUGGUCCUCAAGUGUGUGUGUGUGUGUGUGUGUGCACGCUAGAGUGCUGGCCUGCAUGUGUGUAUAGGAUGUCAGGGGGAGGCUGCUCGCCUAUGUGUGUAUAGGAUGUCAUGCCUGCAUGUGUGUAUAGGAUGUCAGGGGGAGGCUGCUCUCAAUAAAAGGGGUGGGCCACUUUUACAGAAAUAUGCCAGAGGCUAGGGAGAUAAGCAGGGGAGACCUGGGUGGUGAGAAGGGCUUAGGAGAGUGAUACUAGGCAGGAGUGGAAAAACGGAGGAGGUUAGAGAUUGCCAGAAAGCUAGGGGCGGAGCUCAGGCCCAGCAUCCACGUGUCCCUGGGGUCUAUCACUAUGAGGGAAUGAGACAAAGUCACCAUGCCCAUUUCCCAGCACACUGGGGAGGCUGAGGCAGGGGGAUUAGCUUAGACUAGUAACAAGAUCAUGUCUCCAAAGCAAGAAAACAAGGGGGAGAGGAAAUUCAGAACUGUCACCAGCCUUGGAUGCUGUGAGGUGACUGCUGACUGAGGGUCACCACCAACUCCAGCGCUGUCCCGGUCCUGUGACUGUAUGUGCACAUGUUCAUGAGACAUGCAUGUGCUGUGUGGCCCUCCUACCUAUGGAAAUGUAUAUUGAGAAUAAAAAUGGAGGCCUCCUGUAGUGCAGCCUAGUAACACUGCCAAUGGCCGGGAGCAGUGCUGUCACAGCCCUGAGGGCUCACUCUGGAGAGAUGGAAAGGACUCAGGAAUGUGACUGUUGUCCAGGCCCACAGGUGCCAUUGUGAGAGGCUAGGAGGACAGCUUAGCCCGUAGGACUUGCCUUCUACCUUUGAGACAAGGUCUCUUGUUCAGGGCGUCUCUGGUUUCCACCUCCCACCUUGCCAUAGUGGUGCUGGGAUUGCACGUGUGUUGCUCUGUCCACUUAUGAACUCAGGUCUUUAUGACUGCAGCAAACAUGACUAAUGCGUGUGCGCUGUGAACCCGCGGGAUUUUCCUGACUCUUGGGAGAGGCUCCCAAACUGGCACAAAGCUGUGGGAGCUUGAGGAAGGUUCCAUAGGCAUCAAGGAUGGGCAAACAAAGGGUGAUAUGCCCUGCAGGGGUGCAAAAAGCAGACAAUCCUGAAAAACCAAGGCUCUGCUCUGGAAGACCCGAGAGUGACUUCAGAGUGGAGGGCGUGGAGGGCACACACCGCAGAUGGUCCUACCCCAGCACCUGGCUGGUCGGGGGCUGGGCUGCUUUCCAGUGGCUGAUGUCUAUGAUUGCCAAUAAUGAUAGAGGCAGGCCAGCCGGCACUAUGCAAGAAGUUGAAGUCAGCCUGGAUUAUAUAUCUCAGAUAUAUAAAUAAAUAUACGAAGCAUUU